AUGCCCAGUGCAUCAGCCUCCUUGGCCAACCAGUUGGGAACUUGCGACGGUGGACCUUCUCGCCGACACGUAAAACGAUCGUUACCGAGCCAAAGAAAAGGGCUCUCGCCAGGGGUCACGUUCUCACCAAUGAGAAACGCCAGGCUAGACAUCGCCGAUGCAAUGUCCACAAAAGAGCUCGACGCAACAAAGUCGCCUAUCUCUGGCCAUACCAGGUUGCUAAACAGCUCCUUCGUAUCGGCAGUGUGCGAACUCAAGGUCGCAAUACUCAGUCCAGUCACGACAGCCCCUGUCGCUGAGCCGUUGCCGCAACAAGUCUCACCUCCCCGUCUCUCAGACAAACCAUUCGUGCCAGGCGAAUGCAAAGGGCAGGGCAAAAAGUAG